AUGAAGGGGGCGCCGCUGGCCAGCCUGCGCCCGCCCACUUCUCUUUACCUGACCAGUGGCCCACCUUCCGGAGGCCGAGGCAGGUGCUGCUGCUGUGCUGGUCGUGCCUCUCGCACAGCGCAGGUGCGGCAACAGACCGCAGCAGUUUCCCUCCUUGGCGCCUGUCCCGGAGGCGCUUGGCUGCUGGUGGAGCUGCGGGCUGGUCGGAGGAGUCAGCGACGAGUCUGCAGUACAGCGGAGACUGCGGACAUUUUGUUCCUCGUGGACGAAUCAUGGAGCAUCGGGGAAAGCAACUUCCAGCUGAUCAAAGAAUUUGUUUACACCAUCAUACGGACGUUUGAAAACGUGGUGGUGGGAAAGGCAGGUGUCCGUCUGAGUGUGGUGCUCUAUGGGGACAAGCCAAGAGUAAGUAUCGAUCUGACGGACUACAUCACCAUUGAGGAGGUGCUGGUGGCUGUCCGAGACCUGCUCUACAGAGGGGGCAAUGCCAAGACAGGGAAUGCUCUCUCCUUCCUAGCGGACACAAUGGUCAGUGCGGGGACACUGAGAGAAGAUGCUGCAAAGGUGGUCGUUUUAAUCACAGGCGGGAAAUCUUCUGAUCCUGUCGACGAGCCAGCAGAGACCCUUAAGAACAGGGGGGUAACCGUGUUUGCUGUGGGAAUUAGAAACGCAGAUAGGAACGAGCUGAGGAAAAUAGCAUCCGAUCCCAUCGAGGAGCACAUGCUCUACGCCAAAGACUUUGGCCAACUCGGCAUCCUCUCGCGAAAGGUGUCCAGGAGGCUUUGCUUCACGGCCUCGGAGCCCCCACAACCUGCCAAGCAAAUGGCCAAUGUUGAGAAGAUUGUUGGGCCGCGGGACCUCACCAUCAGCGAGCAGAGCUACAGCUCUCUGAGACUUAGUUGGACGCCCGCAACCGGGAAAGUGACCAGCUAUCGCAUCCUCCUGGAUUCACUCUCGGCUGCCGGACAGGUCUCUGCAGAGGAUCAGCGGCAGGUUGUUUUGGAUGCCAACAAGAGCUCAGCGCUGGUGACGGAUCUGAAACCAAACACCAAAUAUUUCUUCACGGUCAUGGCUGUCUACUCUGACGUUCUGGGGGAGCCAGCGACAAUCAAAGGGAGAACAACAUCCAUACCUACAGUGACCCAUUUCCGGGUCGUAGAAGAAGGACUGUUCAGCCUGAAAGUGGCUUGGACUCCUCCUUUGGGAAAACUGGAAGGCUACAAGGUCUACCUGCCAACAAACAGGCCUGGGUCGACCUCGGAAAAGAUUCUAGCCAGGGAUGGCCUCCUCUCAUGUCCUUGAUAACUUGCAGGAGGACACAAACUAUACGGUCAGCAUUUCUGCCGUCUACCCAGAAGGGUCGAGCCAGGCGGUGUCAACGACUGGUAGAACUUGUAAGUCCUUCCAAAUGUUUCUUU